GUGCUGUAAAAAAGGUUGUGAAGCGAGACUGAUGAUAAGUGUUAUCCACAGUAUACAUUGUUUGGGGAAUUGUGGUGUAGAAGACCGGGUUCUUUGAGAGUGCUGUAAACAAGACAAACUGGUGAGAUCGCAUACGCUUUGGUGUACACGUGACUGAUAAUUUAAUAUCGUCUCGGCACGGACUGCACUACUUCUGAUCUUUACUGAAGAAGAGUUCAUUUGGGGACGUUUUAUCAUGGAAUUCAUCAUCACAGCCUUGUUACUGAUUCUGAUGGUAACAGCCUGCCGGAGUGCAAAUCAGCAGCGGUUCUUCAGAACCUUUUACCUGGCUGAAAACCGAGCUUUACUGAACCAAGUGUUUCAGUGGAAGAUUGCAUCGUCUACUGCAAUUUGUGGGCGAGACUGCUCUAUGGAUCUACAAUGUGUCUCAUUCAACUAUCAUAUCAUGAAACGUAUAUGUGCCUUGAAUAAUGCAAGCAGAGCUCACAGCUCAUCAGAUGAAUUGGUUAAGAUGCAAGGAAGUGUGUACUACGACCAAGAAGUCAAUAAUCCGACGUUUUCAGCAUCCAGCAUUAAAUAUCACAGUAGCUGUAUGAUGUUGUAUCAAGCUGGCUACCGUUACAAUGGCGUAUUCACUAUAUUUCCCACAAGUCUGAGUAAUGAAUUACAGGUUUACUGUGAUAUGGAGACAGAUGGGGGAGGCUGGAUCGUGUUCCAGAGGAGACAAGAUGGCUCUGUCGAUUUUAACCGUACCUGGGCCGAUUACCAAACAGGGUUCGGUGAUCUGAAGAAUGAGUUCUGGUUUGGGAAUGACAUCCUGCGUGACCUUACUGGAUCAGGUCAGUGGCAACUCAGAGUAGAUUUGGAAGAUUGGCAAUCCAACACAUCUUGGGCUUCUUAUGGUCAAUUUGCUGUUGGCCUAACUGGUGCCAAUUACAAACUGCAGGUUGGUUCAUACGAUGAAGACAGUCCAGCUGGUGAUUCGAUGGCAUAUAGUAAUGGGCAAUUAUUCAGUACCAAGGACCGGGAAAAUGACAAAUUUUCUGAUGGAGGACAAUGUGCCGUUGAUUACGAUAGUGGAUGGUGGUUUAAGGUUUGCCAUCAUGCCAAUCUCAACGGUUAUUACUACCGACAGCCAGAUGUGUCGAAUGGACACGGCAUAGUAUGGUACCACUGGACGAGUUUGACCUACUCUCUUAAGAAAUGCAGCAUGAAACUACGACAAGUAUUGUGAAUGCAAACAAAUAUCUUCAUGAACUGUGGGGUGAAAAGUGUAUUCGGUCGAAAAAUCAUAAUGUUUGACGGUACGCACAGGUUGACAAACUGUAACAAGUUCCAUGACAUAUUUUGCUUGUUUGCAUACACAUUGAAAAAAAAAACAUGAAAAAUGGGUCGAACCAUGUCCUUUUUUGAAGGGUCACCUGGACGGUAUAUUCGACCUGAUCCCCAAUACAAAAAAAAAUAUGAAAAAUGGGUCGAACCGUGCUCUUUUUCGAAGGGUCACUUGACCUCGAU